ACCUCCUCAGUCAGUGUUCUACCAGUCAUGGCUCUACUAUCACUGCUGGUGUUGCUGGUGUCUCCAGUCGUACCACUGGUGCUGGGCCAAGCCGCGCACCUCCUGCAGGGCCGACCCUUCCAGGCGCUCCCACACCGCGACUUGUACGCUCGUCAGAUACCCCAGCCCUUCGCCCUCAGUGGAGCCCUCUACACCCCCGCCCAGUACCAGUACUAUGACACUUCAGCCCCCGCUCCAUACACAUCGUACCCUUACGCCGUACAGCCACUGUCCGCUGUAGUACAGUUGAGAGGAGAAGGUGAGGUGACAGGUACAGUACUCCUGGUUCAGCCUCAUCCUCCCAACGGUCCAGUUUUUAUCUCUGGCAACAUCACUGGAUUGUCGCCCGGUAAACAUGGGUUCCACAUACACAGCUUGGGUGACCUCCGAGAGGGCUGCAAGAGUACCGGCUCCCACUACAACCCAUUCCAGACUAACCACGGAGGACCGGUGGACCCGUUCAGACAUGUGGGAGACCUUGGCAACAUAGAGGCAGGCGAAGAUGGUGUCGUGACUCUCCAGAUGUCAGACCAUGUAAUCUCCCUGAGUGGUCCUCAGAGUGUGCUGGGCCGUAGCAUCGUCGUCCACGAGAAGGGAGAUGACCUGGGCCGAGGCGGUGACCAGGAGUCGCUCAAGACGGGUAACGCCGGUGGACGUGUCGCCUGUGGGGUGAUCGGCGUCGCGCAGAGUAUGUCACCUCCACCUCCAGCGCCCCAGACACCACCCCCGGGGGCAGAGGCCGCCGCCCCCUACCCUGCUGAGGCUGAACAACAAUGAACAACACCUUACAACAUGCUAUAGCGACUACACGGGACUAUUGAAACAUCUACCAAAGACACCUAAGGGAAAUGUCAAUGCUUAACUUUUCUGCAUGUUCUCUUGCUAGGUAAUCUGAAUUAAAACGUGUUUAAUGUCGUGACGAAUUUUUGCACUAUUACUUCAACUUUAAACUAUUUAACUAUUCAAAUAUUUAAAUUUUGUACAAUUAUCUUGCUCAAUUAAUAUCUGAUCUUAUUGUAAACGUAUACAAUAUCAUUGUAACUUUUACUCUCCUGUUUGGGUUUUAACCUUAAACUAUUUUUUUUACGAUUCAGUUUCGUCAAUUGCUUACAUUAAAUACCCAAAUAACGCAACAAUUGUCAGUUAGAAUCAGAUAGAGGCUUAUAGAGCUAUAAUAAUAUUUUGUUGCUAUACAUUAUUAUGAAAUAAUCUAACUUUCCUUAAUUAACAGUAAUCCUCUAUGCUAUACUGAGAUCUAGGGUGAUGUAAAAUACACCAAAAGAGUUUUAUGUUAGUUUUCGUGAACAUUUAAAAGUGAAACUGCAGUUGAUAGCAACGGAGAAACUAACGUUCAACAAAUUUGUACUUAACGUCAUAAACAAUACUGUUCUUUUAUCACAAAUUAUACACUUAAUUAUGAGACUAUUCAAUCUCAUUGUUACGAUGUGUUGUUCCUUAAUGUUAAAUAGUUAUAAAGAAUAGUAGCCUUCUAGUAGGUAGUCAUAAAAUGUAUGAAAAUGUUAUUCUCAAUUAUGUGAAGGUACAUCAAGCUAUUUAAGUUGUAGAACUGGUUAAAAUAGUUGACACAACAUUCUGAUUUAAAAUCUAAUUUUGAAUCUAAUUUUAGAUUUAUCAAAUUACAGGUAAUGUAAGAUGAUUAUGUGAGUACGUUUUUAACAAGUUGUCUAUACUCCA